AGUAUUAUCUAACCUAGGAGUUGCCUCCACAGAUCACGAUCUCUCGCCUUUCGGCCUCCGCCUCUACUCUCAGAUCACGAUCUCUCGCCUUUCGGCCUCCGCCUCUACUCUCAGAUCACGAUCUAACGUGAACCAGCGACAGAAUGGACACAACAAACAUCCCGAAUAUUCCUCCUGGACUCUUUGUAGAUGAGAAACCCCUCAACUGGGCUUUUCCUCCUAUAACAGAUUGGGUAAUAUUUUUGCAUUACCAAAGAAGAACGUUCGCAUUUGAAAUGGACAGUCCCUCACUGGACUGUUUGAAAGAUAACAUUUUAAGGCGAGGGAUAGAUUUAGAACGUAAUGGUUUGAAGAUUACAUGUAGAGAUUGGCAAGGCAGAACUACACGCAUUGAUUGUGAUGAAGACCUGGCGCAUUGUUUCCGGUGUCCAGGUGGUACUCAUAUAAGACUAUCAAGACGCGCAAGCCGCAGGACGCAGCAAUGCAGCCGACCGCGACGACUCCAACAUCCCACGAGCGGUGACAGCACGAGCGGUGACAACAGACGCGCAAGCCACAGGAUGCAGCAAUGCAGCCGACCGCGACGACUCCAACAUCCCACGAGCGGUGACAACAGGAGGAUUCUGAAAGAUGAGAUUAAGCUGGAGCCUAAAGAGGAGAUAAAGCUGGAACCUAAGUUGGAGAUUAAGCUGGAGCCUAAGUUGGAGAUGAGAAAGAAGUUAUCCUCCACAUUUGUUAAAGAUCCCCUCAUCAAGUUUUUACUGUUCGAAAAUCCAACAACAAUCCCCUUUUGGGGAUGCCCUUACUAUUAA